GCCGACGACAAUAUGUGACUUCGGAUUCUCUUUGUUCCUAUCGGGGAUGUAAAUUUGUCCGAAACAAAGAUUACUGACAGGCAUAAAUACGAAUGAAAGGAGUUUAACAUCCCUGAAAGAAGAAGCGAGAGGUAACAAUGUCCUGGGUGCUCCGAGGUGUGUCAUAUUGCAGGCAGAUUGCCAGCAGGGUCACAUUGCAGACCCAUUCCAAUAGUCAGAUUGGUUCCUCUUUCUUGAAUGCGCAGAGCAUAUCAGUAAUGUGUUCCAGUGUGAGAUGUAAGACAGAAAUUCCACAAUACAAGUUCCCGGCUCCUUCCCCAUACAAAACACCAGGACCUCACCGCUAUGGAUACAAUAAUAAACUCUUCGAUGGAGGACCACUACCAAGAGGUUUAAGUGAACCUGUCCAGAAUUUGAAGAAGUACAAGCCUAAAAAUGUGUGGAGUAAAAAGAGGGCAACUUUCGGACAAAAUGAUUACAUUGAUAUACUGGGAGAUUCAAACCUGCGUCCAGUGGACAUCAUCAAGGCACCUGCAUGGUUGAGAGGUUUCAAUGGUAAUGAAAUGCAGCGUUUAAUACGCAGAAUGCAGUAUGAAGGUGAUAAGAUCAGACAGUUGUACCCUACCCACUAUCAUAAUAACUGGAAGAGAAUUAAGUUUCUGUACAAGAAAUACAAUAAGAGACGUGGACAUUAUAAUUGAUAGAUGAAAUAAAGUUAUAUUAACAGUG